AUGAACACCGACGAAAAAGUCUACCCCUCGGGGCAGCACUACUCCGGCAGCAACCGCAUCCCGAACAUCAAGCAGUUUGUCGAGUCGCUCGACCGGGAAAAGCGGGAGCGCGACGCCCAGAUCGACUCCCAACAACAACAACAACAACAACAACAACAACAACAACAACGACACCAACCAACCAAAGGCGGCGGCCACGAUGACAAUGGCGAGGUCAGGGACCACGUGCCGACAAACCACCGCAAGGCCGGCAAGAACCGGCGCACGGUGCGCGACCCCAUGACAGGCAAGGACGUCGAGAUCGAGGACAUUAGCAGCGAGCAUAUGAAGGCGGCCGAGGAGCCCAUGCUCACAAUCCCCAACGCGAACCUCUCCCUCCCCACCACCCAACAAACCCUCCCCACGCAAUCCGGCGAAACCUACCGCCACGCGCAAGACAUCACGGCGCCCCCGGACCCCAUCGCCGCAGGUUCCACCUCGGACGUGCCCAUCCACGGCGAAAAGACCAACGUUCUCUUCCACCCCACCCCCGCCGUCAGCUACGAGCCCAUGUACGCGGCGCUCGAGGCGCGCGCCAACGCGCUCUGCGCGGGGCUGUUCGUGGGCGUGGUGGUGCUGGGGAAGUGGUGGGGGGGUGGGAGUGUGUGGGGGCUGGUGCCGUUGGGGGCUGGGGUUGCGGCGGGGGUGUACAUGUGGGUGCGGGAUUUGGUGGCGAGGGGGAGGGCGGUGGAGUGGAGUGCGGAGAGGAAGAGGGGGGAGAUGGCGGUGGUGAAUCUGAUUCCCGAGAGUGUGGAGUGGUUGAAUACGGCGGUGGGGUUGGUGUGGGGGUUGAUGAAUCCCGAUAUGUUCGCGGCGGUGGCGGAUACGUUGGAGGAUGUCAUGCAGGCGAGUGUGCCGGGCGUGAUUGAGCAUGUGAAGGUGAAUGAGAUUUCGCAGGGGAGUAAUCCGCUGAGGGUGUUGAGUUUGCGGGCGCUGCCGGAUGGGCAUGUGCAGGAUCUGAAGGAGGAGAUUCAUAGGAGGGAUUCCAAGGUGAAGGAUCCGCAGCAGUUGGCGGCCGAGGAGGAGGGGGGUGAUUUUUACAACCUCGAGGCUACCGUGGCGUACCACUCGCUGCCGUCGUCGGGGGAUGUGUCGUCCAAGGCGAAGAACAUGGGCAUGCAGCUGGUCUUCUACCUGGGCGUCCGGGGUCUGUUCGGGGUGCCGCUCCCCAUCUGGGUCGAGCUGAACCGGCUGGUGGCGACGGCGCGGCUGCGGGUGGCGCUCGCGCCGGACCCGCCGUUCGUCAAGACGCUCAGCUUCACGCUGAUGGGCCUGCCCAAGGUAGAGGCCAGCUGCGUGCCGCUGGUGGAGCGGGGCGCCAACAUCCUCAACCUGCCGCUCAUCUCCAACUUUGUCAACUGGGCCAUCGCGGCGGCGGCCAACAUGUACGUGGCGCCCAAGUCGAUGACGCUCGACGUGGGCAAGAUGCUGCAGGGCGACGACAUCAAGAAGGAGACCAACGCGCUCGGCGUGCUCUUCAUCCGCAUCCACAAAGCCGUCGGGCUCAGCAAGCAGGACCGGCGCGGCAGCGAGGGCGGCGGGUCGGACCCGUACAUCUGCGUGUCCUUCUCCAAGUUCGGCAAGCCGCAGUACUGCACGCGCGUGAUCCAGGACGACCUCAACCCCAUCUUCUCUGAGUGCUGCGCGCUGCCCAUCACGGCCGACGUCAUCAAGGCCGACGAGCAGCUGUCGCUCGAGCUGUGGGACAGCGACCGGUCGUCGGCCGACGACGUGGUCGGCAAGGUCGAGCUGAGCAUCCAGAAGCUGAUCCAGCAUCCGGGCCACAUGUUCCCGCAGACGUCGCAACUGAAAGGCGUCAAGGCCGGCAGCACCAUGCCGGGCGAGCUGCACUGGGAGGUGGGCUACUUUGGCAAGACGCAGUUCCGGCGGGCGCUGCGCACCGACGGGCUCGACCCCAACCUGCCGCGCGGGCUGCGCGACAAGAAGGAGCUGCGCGACGACCGCGGCAGCCUGGACACGGCCGAGGAGGACGCCGUGGUGCACACGCCGCCGGACCCGCUCUGGCCGAGCGGGGUGCUGAGCGUGGUGGUGCACCAGAUCGUCAACCUCGAGCUCGAGAACGUCAAGGGGUCGCGGGGCGGCAAGCGCAGCGGCGGGCGCGAGUACGAGCCGGCGCGGCCCGAGGCCGGCGAGAUCAAGGAGGAGCAAGGCAAGAAGCUGCCGAGCGCGUACUGCACGGUGCUGGUCAACGACGAGCUCGUGUACAAGACGCGCACCAAGGUGGUGUCGUCGCGGCCCAUCUUCGAGGCCGGCACGGAGCGCUUCGUGCGCGACUGGCGGUCGUGCGUGGUGACGGUGACGGUGCGCGACUCGCGCAACCGCCAGCACGACCCCAUCAUCGGCGUCGUCCCGCUGCGCCUGUCCGACAUCCUGCAGACCAGCAGCCAGAGCACGCGCUGGUACCCGCUCGACGGCGGCAUCGGCUUCGGGCGCAUCCGCAUCAGCCUUCUGUUCCGCUCCGUUGAGCUGCGCCUGCCGCCCGCCCAGCUCGGCUUCGGCGAGGUCGGCACCUUUGAAUUUACCUCGGACGCCCUGACCACGACGGGGUACAGUCCCUCGCCGCACACCAAGAUUCGCAUGCGCACGGGGGGCAGCUCCGCCUCGGUCAAGGGCAACGUGUGUUCCCGCCGUACCGACGACGAAACCGGCCUAACCUGGGACAUCAGCGGCGGCGGCGACGCCUCCAACGACGAGCACGCGGACGAGCAGCAGCAGCAGCAGCAGCAACACCAUAAAAAGAAGCCCAAGCACAACAAAUCCACGCGCAUCCGGCUCCCCGUCCGCUUCCGUUACCGCUCCCCCGUCUUCUUCGAGUUCCACCCGCCCUCCAACACCGGCCUCCGCCGCAAAGCCGACACCUUCGCCUCUCUCUGGCUCCAAGACAUCCCCGACAACGAGGAGCAGGACUUCGACCUCCCCGUGUGGCGGUGCAGCAACGGGCUCCGCCUCUCGCAGAACUACAUCACCGAAGCCAACGUCAACUCGGUGCCCGCGCUGCGCGUGGAGGAGGUCGGCCGCCUGCGCUUCCGCGGCCGCUUCAAGCCCGGCACCGACCGCGACCACCUGCGGUUUGUGAGUGACAACGACUCGCGCGAGACGAUCGAGACGUGGGAGGCGUGCUUUGCGGAGGGGGUGCGCGCGGAGCAUGUCCACCCCGAGGUGCCGCCGGCGGUGCAGAAGCUGCAUGAGGAGAGUCUGACGCAUGGGAGGGAUGUGCUGGCGAUGGCGCCCGAGGAGGAGAAGAAGCGGUGGUUGGCGAAGGAUGGGACGGAUUGGAGCGGGGCGUUUGGCGAGGAUCCGGCGAAGUUGGUGGGGGAGGAGAGGAGGGGGGAGGGGGAGGGGGAGGGUGAGGUCGAUGGGGAGCAGCUGUCGGAGGAGGAGGACAGCAGUGAGGAAGAGGAAGAGGAGGAGGUGGAUUUGGGUAUUGAUGAUGCCACGCACGAUAAGGGAAAGGGGCGAGCGAGCGUGGGAAGCAGUGAGGAGGGCGAAGGGGGUAACGGUAACUAUACCUGGAAGGGAGGCGAGGAUGGCCCCAACGGCCCUGACGGUCACUCGCGCAAGUCCAUGGAUAGCGGCGCCACGGGAGCCACCGGGGCGACCAGCAAGUCGAACAAGUCGGGCGGGUCGAGCAGCAGCAAGAACCCGAUCGCGCAUUACCUAAAUCGCUUGAUGCUAACUCGGGCAGGAAAACCCAUGCGCAACGUCCAGUUCGCCAAAGACGAGGCCGUCUACGCCACUCGGCGGUUGAUGAAGGUCGGCAGUCUGAGCGGGCGGAAACCUGAUGUCGAGACCGAGGUUUGA